AUGGAAUCCAUGAUAGACGCCGACGAUGUCGGACUGGACAAUGUUCGCAACUAUCCUUACUCAACCGUCUGCUGUGCCAUAUGCGGCACCUACUUGACGUCCAAUACGGUCAGCAUCUACGCCGAGACCAACGCAUCUUCCAACGAAAUCGACUUUCUAGCAGGCCGCGAGGAUGAAACGAGCUGGCUCGGGCGAGCCUUGGUUGUCGGUAGCAAUCCAAGCAGCGAAAAACCACUACAUGUCUGGUCUUCAAAAACCGACGACAGGUUCCCAAUUGAAGGAAGCUACUUUGUGCUUCCCGAAGCCACACUGGAAGCACUCGGUAUACCGGCUCCCCUACGCAUGUUUCGAAUUUUCAGUCGCGUCUACGGAAGGCCAUUCAUCAUCCCCAUGCACGAUGAGUGCCACUACAUGCUAUCCCGGUACCUUGGCGAGCAGGUACCCGACCCGGAAGUCCUUCAUGACACGCUCGCCGGCUUGGCCCUGGACAGUGACGACUUUUCCCUCAGGGAUCUCGCCAUCUCAUACGCCCAGAGCGAUUAUUCGUGUGCUUUGGGGGACAACGAGUUCCUAUCAAAGUACAAACACCUUGCGCUUUCACCCGUCAAUAUUCCCGAGCUGGAUAGGUACUACAAAGACCUACCAAAGCCAGGGAGAUGGUCUACUUUCCUGCUGCCGAGCCCGUCCCGGCUGGCAAAGCACAAAGACCCCUUCCGCCGCUUGCCACCCGAGCUCACGCUCAUGGUUUCCGACUAUCUGGACGUGAACUCUUUGAUCAACUGGCGGGCCGCCUCCCAGGUUGCGUUGAGGGUCGUUUUGACCAACGGCUUCUGGAGGCGCCGCGUGCAAUGGGAGAUGCCAUGGCUGUACGACCUCUCCGAGCUUUGGUGCGGCGAGGAUGCAGAUGCCGUCGCCUGGGCCCAGCUGUUCAGGGAGAUGCGGCGGGCGACGAAAGCGGAGGGACCCGACUGCAUGCACGCGCUACGCAACCGCAAGUACAUCUGGCUGAUGCAGUGUCGGAUGAUUGCAGGCUCCUAUCUCUUCAAGAAGGCCAGCAAGAACGUCGCCUUUAGACGACUGAUGCCACAGCUGGAGAAGGCGACGGUCGUCAGGACAGCAUGCAUGACCCGGCCUCGGCCGGUCAAGUCGUCGAGCUACUCGGUGACAUUCGUCAACGCCAUGUCCGACCUGGCCAAGAUGGAGCCGACGCUGGUCACGUCCUGGACGGAGAACGGCGAGCUGCAUUCGAUCGACGUGCUCAAGGACAAUCACAUGGAACAGACGGACCACCUAUUCAUCGACGAUCAUGUCUUCGCAGGUGGAAUCGCCAAGCAGGAUUACGUGCUCGUGCCGGCCGACGAUUGGAUCACGGGCUUCGCCUUUUCCGUUCGCGACGAGGCGUUUGAGCAGCAUCCAUCGUGCCACGGGGGGUUGAUAGUGAUGCGUCACGUGGACGACGAAUGGGACCGCGAACUGAUCUCGAUGGACAUUCCCGACGAUGGCAUAGCCUUUGGUCCGACCAAGACGUUUGAGCUCGGUCGCUUGCAGCGCGUCAUCACCGGUGUGGAAGUGCGCUUUGCAAAGUCGCCGCCUACGUGGUUGGGCCACUAUACGUGGGAAAACCACAGUGUCUCCGUGGCCGAGGGUCAUUUCGCCGUCGGCCUAACCAUGAACCGCGAGACGAAAACGACAACGGUGGCAGACGUGGGGAUUGUCCAGAUCCCCCUGGAGGACUAUCCAUCCAUUCGGCGCCUUGUCGACGAAUGGACAUGA